GGUGCUAGCUGUGCAUAUGGAUCUUGUAUUGACUAUGACAUUGUACGUAUCGAAUGGUCUUCUUUGCGUUCAUGUACAUUUUGUUCUUCGAUAGAAAACUAAGUAAACUAAUAGUUUGUUGAACAGUUGAAGCGCUCGACUUGUUUCAGUGCUUGUUUGUUCGGCGUGUUCUCCUCUUUGAUCGGUGGUAGAACUGGAGGGCACCGCUUUCAGUCGCGGCGACGAGCCCAGCCCAUACGCUAUAUGCCCCGAGUUUCUGCUUUCAAGGUGAAUUAGAACAAGGCUCGGUGCGCGCCAGCAGCGCCCUCUUGCUGGCACUUUCCCCAGCGCCAUGGCCGCUAGCAAUGGAAGCUUCCAGGCGGUUGAUGCUGCCCGUGAUGCACUGCCAGCCAGGCUGCUUUGCUCUAGAUUUGCCCAGCUACCAGGCAGCACCGAUCGACAAGGACACCCCGUAAUCUUCAUUGAUCUCAGUUACGACAGUGAUAUUUUAGCGUUUUCAAAGUCUGAGGUGCGCAGCUUGAUCGACUACUUCAUCGCUAUUGACCGGUGGAGGAACAAUGAUCCCAAACCAUUCUGUGUCCUGGUUUCCAUGAGCUCUCUUGAAAUGGCACAGAGACUAGCGGACGCCCUGAACGAAUUGAGUUCUUCCUGUGAAGGCCUUAUCUCGGAUGUUAUCUGGGUAGUUCAUGGUGGCCGUAAUGAUGUGGACUCCAACUCCUUGCCCGGCGUGAGCAGUUGCACCAGCAAGGUGGUGACAGUCUGGAGUGAUGACUUGGAAAACAGCAUAGCUGCUCACCAGCAGCCUUUGGACAUUGGUGGAGGAUUUCUUUUUGACCGAUCAAAGUGGCUACACUAUCGGAUGCACCUUGAAAUGAUCCUCCAUCAAUGCGAGGACUGUCUGCAGAAGGCAGAAGCGCAGCUCAUAGCACUGCAGUCCCUUGCCAUCGAUGUCAACAUUCAUGAUGUGGACAUCAAUCGUAGGAAGGCGGCGUUGCUCGUUUCCAUUCUGACGCUGCGUCUUCCAGCCAUGUUGAACAAUAGUACACGGCUGCUGAGCGAGCUGCUGGCGAAAGGUGGCGACGAGAUGGUUGUGAACAUGGCCAGUACCCCGCACUAUAGCGCAGCAAUCAGCGGAACAAGAGAUGCCAUUGAUCGUCUGACCAAGGCCAAGACGUCGCUGCAGACUGCAGCCGGCCUGGAUGGCUUUGGCCAGGAAGAGCUGAUGGUGGUUGGCUGUGGUGGAGAGGACUGUCCCCUCGCCAAGGUGCAAACUCAUGGCAUACCCGGCUACUUUUCCAUGAUGCGCAUUGGCGAGAGCCUUGGGGAGACCAGGCAACUUCUGAAUGACUUUUUCAUGUUCAUGGGCCAGUGCAAGUCUUACAUGGACAACUGCCAAUGUAUAAGUAGCUCAGCCAGCUCAUCCGAUACGUCCCCGUGUUCGCUUGUUGUCGGAUGUUUCUCGGCGGCACUACAGCAUCAGAGUGACCAGCUGAACAUCAGCAUGGCUAUCCAUAUGAAGUCUCAGAGUCUGGUCAACUGGGCAAUACUAACGCUGAACACACUGGCUUCACAAUUCUUUGGCAGCAAGGAUGUACAAGCAUGCCUCUUUGACCUGGACACCUUUGAUGACAAGUCACCGUUGCCGAAUGACUAUGUCACGGAGCUGUAUGGUCUGUACGCCAAGCUGGGCCUGCCUUGCGUACUGGUCCUGCAUUGCCACGCUGUGCUGAAGAUGGUGGACACCGCUCGACUGCACCUUCAGUGGCGCAUUCAGUAUCUAAACCAGAAGCUUGACGGCAGUGCCGAUGCGGCUGAUGGAGGUGGUGGUACGCAACGGCAGCGGAAUCAGGAAGAUCAGCAGGCACUGGAGGACGAGUUUGCACUGGUUGGAUUGUCUGACGAUGAGAGUGAUAAUCAAGAGGAGAGUGACGGGGACGAGCCAAUGGACGAGGGUAACGGCAGCAACGGUCAGUCAGCUGCCAGUGAUGAAGCCCUAACAUCCGCUGAAGCCAAGUUCGACCAUGGAAGUUCCUUUACCCCACCGAGGAAAGUUCGUGCCAAGGAAGCAGUGGUAGAGGACGAAGAGGAGCAGUCGGAAACGACAGCAGAGUCAAUGUUCAGUGUGUGGCUUCGGCGGAUCAGGCAUGUUUCGGAAACCGUGAGCGCUGUUACAGCUGCGCUGAUUCCGCCCAUUCCACUGCCGGGUAGUCAGCUGCCAAAACAGCUGUCGACGUGCGUUGAUGAUUAUCCGCCUGCUAGCGAGUCAUGGCUGAUUAACCUGCAGGAUUCAACUGAGGAGACUCUGUUCGCUAACAUGGAGUUUGUGGACGCGGAUGCAGCAGCAUAUCAGGCCAUGAUGAAGCAGAGACAGGAGCUCAUCGGUGAACUAAUUUCACAAGAAGAGAAAUACAUUGAGGACCUGGAGCGUAUCGUAAAGGAGUAUGUGAUCCCGUUCUCCCACGAUUCUUCUCGUCCAACAUCGCUCAUUGGAAAGAAGUCUGGAGUAUUUGGCAACAUUGAGAAGAUACUCGAGUUCAAUCAAAUGCAAUUCUACCCAGCAUUGAAGCAAAUCCGGAGAGCACCGCUGAAACUCGGCGCAUGCUUCUUACAGUGUGAGCGGCAAUUCAGUACGUACUCCCUCUACUUCAAGAACAUGCCAGCACAGGAGCAGUUUCUCAAGAAGAAUGCUGACUACUUCAGGAUGGUACAGAGUGAGCGUCUCCAGGACCCACAGCCUAUUGAGACAUAUCUGCUACAACCUCUGGCCAGGAUGGGCAAGUAUCGCCAGUGUCUGCAGGAUUUGUUGAAGACGGCUGGUGACUCGGAUAGAAUGAGGUCGAGUCGCGAGGAACUGGAGAGCGCCGCAAAGCUGGUCAGCUUCCACCUGCGCCAUGGUAACGAUCUGCUCAUACUGGCACAAGUUCGCGGAUACUCCGGCAACAUGGCAGAGGAAGGUCUUCUUCUGAGACAGGAUGACUUUGUUGUCACCGACGGCUGGGGCAACCACAAGCGGCGCGUCUUUCUUUUCGAGGAUCUGAUCAUGUUCACGAAAGCACAAACAUCGAAGAAAACCGACACCGUCUACCAGUUCAAGUCAUCAUACAAGGUAGCGGAGUUCGGACUGAAGGAGACCAUUGCCGACUCGCCGCACAAGUUUGAGCUGACGUUUCGCAAAUCCAAGCCAAUCGUCUUGACGGCUGAUAGUCAGCUGAAACGAGAUGAAUGGGUUGCCGAGCUGCACAACAUCCUCCUGCGUCAGUUUGAGCGCCUCAAAGAGCGCAUGAAGGAGGUGCAGAUUGGUAAUGAGCCGAUCAUGUCCCGUCCGAGCUACGAGACUGGCUCUCUGUCCCGUGCCCGCGGCUCGUCGUUCUUGAGCGGCACUGGUUCGGGUGCGACUGUUGGUUCUGCCAGCCGUUACAGCUCCAGCAGUGCACAGUCCGGGAACACCAGCACCAGCACUGUGGGAGCAGCCGCCAAACAGCAGCAGCAGCAGCAGCAGCAGCAGCAGCAGCAGCACUACCGCACCACGUCCAUGAUUAGCGGACCUGUCAUGUCGCCGCGCUCCAGCAUCCUAACAGACCCCCGUGCCAGCGUGCACAGCGGUACCAGCAGUUUGACAGGCUCUGAAGCAGCAGUAGCAGCAGCAGCGGGUUCAACUACGGCAGCACCCGCACCGUCGUCAUCGUCUGCUCCUACAGCUCCAGCUCCUGUGGACAUGACUGUGUCGCCUACAACCGGUGGCCAUAGCACGCUGGGAAUAGUGGACAACACUGCAGGCUACAUAGGUGAAGAGGAUGUUACUGGCUCAAGCUCAUUCCAAGUGCCCCGUCGCCUCAAUACUGUCGAGGAGGCACCUGACAAGCCGGAGUCCUACAAUCCGUCCGAGGAGAAGGACGUCAAAAGGGAAACUUCUUUGUGAGUGCUACCUGUCACUUGAUUCAGUGAACCUGUGGCUGCGGGCAAGCACCGGUUUGAAGCUCCCAGGCGUACCCCCCCCCCCCCCCCACACACACACACUCUCUCUGUCUCUCCCCGCUUGAUAGUCUCGGCACUUGCAUGGUAUGCAGGCACUUGCAUAGCAUGCAGGCACUUGCAUGUUAUGCAGGCACUACUUCAGCAUGACUGUAGUGGUUACCAGCCAGUAUUACCAAGAGUACAUGUAUUUGGUCUGCGCACUGCCUGUUCCUAUGUACAUGCCCUGUGCACAGCACACAUAUUAGUACCGUACGUAACGCUACUGUUAUUACUAGUAUUAGUAGUUUGUCUGUGUUUAAUUCUAUGUAUGCUUGUCGUCAAUAUACACGAUAACAUCCUGUAAUCUGUAGAAAGUUCCAGAUGUUGUCUCCCUGCACCUAGUGGCGGUUAGUGCCUGCUAGGCAUUUGCUGCUCAACCCUGUAUACACAGGAAUGGGGUAUGUAUGCUUUGCACACCAAGCUGGCCCAGCAGGACAUUGUCUAGUUACUACCUUGUUGCAAUGGUGGUGUUGUUAUGAUCUGCAUUGUUGAUUGAAAAGAACCCCCCUUAUCGGAAGCAGGCUUCACUAUGAUACGAUGAUUAUUAUGUGUUGAAGGUGUUCAUUGUGUUCUCGCCUAGAUCCCAUGUAUUCACAUGUAUUCACUUGAUUUCUAGCAGUUCUACUGUAGAAUGUUUUCUAAGCACCAUGUUUGCCCCAUGGCACUGGUCUGUCUCUCUGCCUUUGCUUGCACCUUCCAAGUUUUAUGAUGAAAAAAUGCUGAUAAAACUACUUGUAGACUGAGGAAGUUCUUUCACAGCUCACGUUUUCGAUAAUAUUAUUGCUAUGUUGCACUUCCUAUUAAAGUUCAAAGUGAUUCACCGCACUUUUCCAGCAACGA